AGAUACCUUGCUUGUUACUGUGCACUGAAAAUCCAGUCACUGCAUUGAGGAAGCCAUCUCCUAAGCAGCAUAAUGAAGGAAUAAGGGCUUCUUAAAGAGUUUGGUGCCCUUCCCAUGUCUGCUCUGACCACAGUAGCUCCAGCUCAUGCCUACCCGUACUCCCUAAGGCAAAUUGCAAUGCUCCUUGUUUCUCCUACACACCACCCUCAUCUCUCAGUGUCCCCAGAGCAGGAACUGGGCCAGAAGCUCCAAGCUGUAGCUGUCCUGCCCAGCAGCUGCCCAGUAGGCGUCACAACAAAAACUCACCACAUACUCAGCAUUUCCCUUGCAAAGGGCGAAUAUUUCUGCAUUCCUUCCCUCUGUCCACACUAAACUUGUAGGAACUUUUGCAUAAGAUCACAGAUUUUGGUUGAAAUUGGUCAAAGGGUUAAACAAGCUGUUAAAAGGGGGUCUGAGAGGCAGCCAAGCAGAGAGGUUACAGCAGUCUGCAGAAACCACAUUGGCAGUGCUGCGUCACCUCAGUGGGAACAAAGUCAUUCUGCCUCUUCCCUGGGCUAAAAGAGUAUUCUGUUAUUCUGUUCACAUUGUCACAGCCUGUCCUGAAAGCCAAAGCUUGUGUGCCUGUGGCACCAAGGGAGCUUUGCUUCUGGAAGCACUUCUGGGUGGGGGGUAUUUGCUGACACAGGCAGUGGUUGCCCAGGGGCUUUGGGGAGCUGAUGGUGAGUUUAGAUGCUGACAGGUGAAUGGACACCCUCACAUUGUGUGACCCUCGUAUUAUACUUCUGUGCAGGCUGAGGGCUGGACAGGAGAUGGAUGCAAGAUAAGAGCUGGGAAACUCUCACCUGUGCAAACCUUUGCAUCUGAUAUCCAUAACGGAGAUAAAGAAACCGAGCCUUUUUCCUGCAAGACCCAAACAAGCCCGACGUGAUGGAGCCCUGCACCAGGAGGUCCCAUUUUUGGUUCCAAAGGGUGCAAAGACGCUUUGCCCCCCUCCUCCCCCGCUGUCCCCGAUGGAGGCGGGUGCCCCCCUGCCUGGCGGAAGUGAUGCAGCCUGUGUGGAUACCCGUUGCCCGGUAACCGGCGUGGAGGUGCUGAUGAAUUUUAGUACCAUUCAGAUUCCAGCUGUGUCCCAAUAUGGACAUGGUUGAAUCAGCCUCCACAGAAAUCGCCAAGAAAAUACCCAGCAUCCUUCUAGACAGCCUGGUGGAGGAACCUAAACAGAGACGUCCUGUCCCCAAUCACCUGCUGGAAUCAAAGGUUUAUUCAGAACGUAAGAAGAGCAAUGUUAUACAGGCAGAGCCUGCUGUAUUACACUAUGGAGGGUAUGAAGUUGGAAAACAUCACCAGCAGACACUGAAGCUGAUUAACAUUUCUGGCGAUGUAAUAAACCCUCACAUUAUACCACCCCAGACAAAGUAUUUUCUGAUCAAAUACAACAAAACACAUCGACUUGUCCCUGGCUUGUCAUAUGUGCUUACUGUUGAUUUUUGUCCUGAUGGGUGGCGUUAUUACUAUGACUGCAUCCGAAUUCACUGCCAGGGAGAAGAUACAUUAGUUGUUCCUAUGCAUGGUUACCCUACUGUCAAUGUGUUGGAAUUUCCAUCAUUUAUAAAUAUGUCUGAUGUAGCAGUUGGUCAGAGUAAGGAGUAUGUUAUCCCGUUACAGUGCAGCUGCCCAAUAGACUUUGCAUUCCACAUUGAAUUUAUUCAGCCUCACAGAGCGUUCACCGUCCAGCCAAUAUCUGGAAUCAUUCCAGGAAAUGGGAAAAAGGAAGUAACUGUGAAAUAUUCCCCCCUUGAGUAUGGAAUAGCACAAAUGAAAAUGCAGUUACUGAUUUCACAGUUCCACUCAAAACCCUAUGUUUGUGUGUUCACAGGAACAUCGAUACCCCAUCUGAGUCAAACAAAAGAACAAUUUGAAAAACAACAAAGACGUCCAGAGAAAAAAAUAAUGUCUGUUGGAAAAUCACUGGUGUGGAGAAGAGACAAACUCAGCCUACCACAGUCCAAGACUAUUCAAAAAAUAAAGGAAAUUGAAUACCAGAACCUGAAAUUCCCCACAGACUUGUCAAAUCCACAUGCUGUAGCUACUGUUUUGAAUCAAGAACCAGGCAAACUGAAGAUUAAGAACAUGAAAGAAGUCCUUUGCCAAGGCAAUGAGGGAAUAAAAACAAGGCAGAUGAAGGAAGCUGCGUUUGAGCUAAAAGUCAAACAAAACAUUAAGGAAGAGGAAGCAAAUAAUCUGAAGUGGCAGGUUCGUAAAGGCGAAGAUCCAGUCUCUGCAGAAUUUAGAAGAGAGGUUAUUGAAAACCGACAGAGGGAAGAAGAGCAAUAUAAGAUUCAAAGAGGAGAUCCUAUCGUAGAAAAGGAGUUUCAAAGGAACAAAGUAAAGGUUUCUUCCAGACGUGUUUUCCGGCUUGUUGAGCAGCAUCCAAAUGUCCAUCCCACAUUUGACUUGUUCCAUAAUGAUCCUUGGGCAAACAGAAGCAGGAUGUUGAGGAAAUUCCAACAGGCAGCAUAUAAGGUUGUGAUUCAGUCCCGUCUAAAUCAUUUACUGCUUCUGUGCCGUGGGCAAACAAGGGAAGCCAGAGGUUUGAAGGAAGGCUCUACAUCUGAAAAUGAGAGCUUCAGCCGAACAGAGAAAAGUGGAGAAUCCAAAGUCAUUUCUUCCAGCAUAUCUGAAGAUCGAAUGUUACCUUCUCAAUUCCCCUUACGUGAUUCCCUCAAAUUACGCCAUGAUUUGGAACCUGAUGCCCUUAGCCCAGUUCCUGUCAAACCUGCACGUGUGAAAAAGAAACGCUUUCUUCCCUUUUACAGCUUGAAGGUUCCUCAACACAUCAGCAUUAUAAAGUUUGAGCCAUUUCGUGCACUCCGUGCAGCUGCAAGUUACAAAACUCAAAAGCUUUCCCAAAUUCUGAGACAGGGAGCCCAGGAUGAGUUGAUUCAGGUGGUUGCUUCUAAGGACUAUCACAAGCCAUCAUCUGAAGAAGAAGCAGGAAGAGAUAUCAGCCUUUUAAAAUUGGUUCCUCCCCAAACCUUAGUCUACCCUACAGAGAGCAACCCUCUUCGCAUUUUUAACCCUACUCCAGGUUUAUUUCCACUUCUACUUCCUCUAUCUUACUGUGAAACAAAUAUUGAAUAUCAUCUUUGUCCUCAUCCAAAAUAUACCUUUACCAAGGAAUGUCCCAAAGGAUCCAGUAUUCCAGUUACACAAAAAAAGUUUCUGCAUCAUACGGAAGUGAUUUGUGGAGUAAUGGACUGGAGACAAUUCUCACCAGUGGUGUAUUCGACCUUUCCUAACACUCCCAUAUCAACAAGUAUAACUUCUAGGGAUCCCUACAGUUUAGCUAUGCUUCCAAGAGAUGUACCACCAGUACUGUAUAGCUUGCCCAAGAGAGACAGAGAGAAUAUCAUUGACCUUGGGAUGGAUGAAACUGAAUUUGAAGUGCAUCUUACUCCAGAGAUGCUGAGUGCUGAAUUUCCGCAAAUUGAGCAGAUGCCCUCAGAAGAAGGCAAAAUAAAGUCAGCAGAAGAAGAAAGUUGUACAGUGCUGGAUGGUACUUUUUCUGGAGACCCACACAAACAUCCUGAUGGACGUUUUCAACCCCAAGAUGACGGACUCAGAGAAAGGCUUCAAAAACACAUGGAGAACAUGAAGAUAAAAGCACUAAAUAAAGCCCUUAUUCUUGAAUAAGGAUAAUUUUAUGGAGUCUGUGGUUUGGUACAAUUUAUCCUGUGAACAGGCAAGGCCCUCUAUGUCACAGUUAUAUCUGCUCAUAUUCAGCGAGUUCAGCAACUUCUUAUGCAAAGAAAAGAGAACCACCAGCAAUGUUACUUCUGCCAAGAACUCUGUGUGAUCAUUUCCUCAAACACAGCAACAGCAACUGCUCCUAUGACAACCCUCAGCCGUGUGCCUGCUUCAUUUUUUAGUGGUGUGAAGGAUCAGAAAAACACAGUAUUACCUUGAAAACAGUUUAGUAAUUGAUCUAUAACUUAUUGGUUUUAAAUAAAAUUUGAGAAGCCUUAA